UCACGUACAUUUCCGAUUCAAGGAGGAGAGACAGAUAUUACCCUUUCAUUCCAGCCAAUAAGACGGGGCGAUAGGCUUUACUAAGAUUUUCAGAGUUGUUGUACAGGACCACAGAGUAGGCUGACUGUCUGAACUUCCAGGUAACAGCAAACAAGGACACAUCUUGCCGACGCAAGCCUCUGACACUCAGGUCUUCUCCUGCUCUAGCCCUUGAGGCCUCUCCCUCAGGCUUCGAUGCCCACACUGUUUGAAGCUGGUGGAAAGACACAGGUAUGAGUAACAGUGGGACCAAAGAGCCGUCUCCCCAGCCAGGCACUGCCCAGUCACCUCCCGAGCCUCAGCGCAGGGGAAGGGGCCGGCCAAGGAAACAGCAGCAGGAACCUGUUGGACCUCCAACUCCAAAGCGGCCCAGAGGACGACCCAAAGGGAGCAAGAACAAGGGUCCCCGAGCUGCACUGAAGAAAGCAGAGCCAGUUGGGGAGAGACGACCACGUGGGCGACCAAGGAAAUGGCCGCAGAAAGUAGUUCAAGAGGUAACUGAAGAGCAGCAGGGCCCUUCAGAAGAGGCUGAGGAGGGUCCGUCACACUCUGAGGCCUCGUCAUCUCAGGUUCCAGCGCAGGAGCAAGGGGAGUAGAUAGGGUGCCUCUCUACCUACCUCAAGGCUUGGCCUCAAACAAAGAGGGGUACAGUCUGACCCCAAUCUAUUUUGGGGAUUCAGGAGCACGAAAAAAAAAUCAAAACAAACAAACAAACAAACAAAAAACAAAACAAACAUCAUCACAGUGGUUUCUUCUCUGUACAAAAAUCAUGGGAUACUGUAAUUUGGGUUUGUUGGUUCACCUCAGUAGUUUGUUGAAUGAUUGACAAAGCUUUGUUGUUUGAACAUUGAAUAAUUUGGCAUAUGGACAGGGCUCUUAAGAAUGUCUGCUUUACUCAACUUCUGGGCGUGCGUGUGCAUGUGUGUGUGGUUGCGUGCGUGUGUGUGUGCGUGCGUUUAUGUCAGUGUGGUGUUUGUGUGGAGAAGGGUUGGGAUCAUGGGUUAAAACGAAGGGAACUGAGGUAAAAAGGAACCAAACUGAACCAACAUCCAUUGAACAACAUUUCUAAAUCAACUGUUGUGAUCCCACAUAUCAAAUGGGAGCAAGUCGGUGACAUUUUUUAGCAAUGUUACAAUAUUUACAGUGUGUGCUGAAGUCAUUAUCAUGAACAUAGAUGUGAAAAGUUUGAUUCCAAAAUGCCAUAUUCAUUAUAGGGACAACAAUGUUACGAUGUUAUUUGCAUACAAUUACAGUGUCAGUGUAAACAAGGAUAUUUAGAUAGCUGAGAAGCUUGAUGAUAUUCCUUUACAGCUUUUUUAAAAAUGUAUUUUUCGCCUUCCUCUACUCUUAGUGUGUAGUCAACAACAGUGUUGACGUGUCAUCUUACUGCACUCAGGAUUUUACUGUUACAUUGCUUUUACACAAUAUUGAAACCUCAGGUACAAAACAAUUCAGGAACAUGUUGUCAGUCUACUCGGUUAUGAUUAUUGUGCUAUGUUUGUUGUGGAUUUCUGAUCUGUAUUUGACAUUAACAGUAUGCCUUGACACAAAGACCUCAUUUAGACCUCAGUUACCCUCUUUGUCUCUCACUCUACCUCAGUAACACAAAGGACAGAAGAUCUCCAACGAAGCGCUUGUCCGCUCCCUCAACAGUAACACACACAUUUAAGACACACACAGACACACCAACACAGGCAGGGAAAGAGUUGUAGUGCAUGCAAGCCUCCAUACAGACACACACACGGAUCUUGCAGACAGUUGCAGCAAGCUCGACUCCUAUCAGUGUACAAAUAAGAAUGUCAGUGUCAACACUUUACAAACCUGAAAUGAGACUUGGUUUAUUAUCCUGGGCGACAGUUCAGCCAAU